AUGCUACCCAGGUUGCCACAGGACACUGGGACUAUUAAAGUUCAAUUAAAACGUCGACUGCAAUAUAAGAGUUCUGCCUUGUCUUUGAAUGUGAGACCUAAUAAAGUGAUGCAAGCUGCAGCUUGGUUGGUAAAUACUAGUGAACUAUAUCGAGAACAAGGAAUAACUUUUGAUCAGCAUUGGUUAUCAUACUUUGAUGUUACAACACCUAAUAGUGACAAUGAAAAUACUACAGUUAAUCAAACUAAUUCAACAUCAGAAGAUGAAUGGAGUGAAGAUGAAGCAGAAAUUCCUGCAGGUGUAACAGACAGUAUGCUUACACCUACUGAUUUUGUAGAUGAUACUGAAAGACAGCAUAUAUACAAUGUGGCACCUGGUGAAGGUAGUAGACCACUCAGUAUAUUUAGAGAUCAGUAUUCAGAGGAACUAGCUUAUCCAGGAAUAUUCUUAGGUCAAAAGCGGCCUGAUGAGAAGCAAAGAUUGACCCGUGUUUAUUACAGUGAAAUAUGUAAAUCAGAACUUAGACGGUCUGAUCGAAGAGCUGCAAUGUGUAUUGAGAACAUAUUUUUUAAAACUAAGAAAAUGCAGAUGAAAUUAUUGCUGGGGCAAUCGCAGCUUGCUAUUCGCAAGUGUAAAAUGGGAAACAGAACACUUACUGCUGGUGAUUUGAAAACGCCAGAAGGUUUAACAAAUCUCAUUUGCCAUGAUGAAGGAUACAAAUUUUUAACAGCUUUGAGAGGUUCCCCACCUUACUUUGAAAAAGCAAAAAAGGAUUUGUUUGCUAUGAUUCGGCAGUUAGGACCUGCAUCAUUAUUUUGUAGUUUUUCAUCUGCUGAAACAAAAUGGAAUCAUGUACUAAGAAUCCUUGGUAAGCUUGUUGAUCACAAAGACUAUAGUGAUGAACAAUUAGAUAAUUUAAAUU